AUGGUCGUGUUAUCGCUUGCCUUUAGUGUUGCCGAUGACCUCCUUUCGAACUUGUUUGCUGGUCUACCACGAGGCCUCUUUGGAGGCAAUGUUAUAGAUGGAUCUGAUGUUGACGAUGAUGAUGACGAAGAUGCGAAUGAUCUCAUCAUCUGA